AGCGUGCGCUCGGGCGACAGAUAAAGCGACGGAGAGCGGAGAAGUUGUUGUUGUCGUCGUCGUCGUUGUCGGCCCUCGUCGUCGAAGAAGAAGAUCGUGGACGGAAAGCGAGAUGCGCGGGCGGCGAAAGAAGGUGCUGGGACUUCUUGAUCUCGUGAGGCGAGGCCGGAAGUCGAUCGGAUAUCCAAGUCCUUUUUUCCCCCUUGUUCACCUUGCCCUCGCGGAGUCUAAAGUCGUGGCUGAUAAAGCGCAGCUACGCACGUCCGACACGUCAAAUGAAGAAAUUAGAAAGGUAAUUGGAAAUAUAAUAAAGGCCCUCAGGGACGACGGCCAAGGCGAAAAGGUGCCUGGAUGCCAAGGCCUAUCUGUCGGCCACCGGGAGAAGAGGGUGGACCUAGACUGCAGCGUGUCGCACCUUCGUUUCCCUUGCCUAGAUGCAGGCGGCUCGUAUGGAACAAGGCUGCCGGAAGUUCGACCAGCUCGACGUGGAAGGCACAAGGAGGCGGUGCUCCCUGUCUAUCCUCCCGGCUGCGGCGCUCGAAUAGUGGAACAGAGCGCGGAGGGCUGGAGCCGAGAGAGAGAGAAAAUAAAAAUUAGAAAAACCGAGAUGGAAAGCCCUGCUGACGCGCACAAAAAGGGGAUGGAAAUAGGUGGAAUUAAUAAGAAGCCGAACCCACCUGUGCAGUCGGCACGCCGGAUCGAUCUCCUCACCUGCUGCUGGUGGAAAUCUUUGAUCCUACUACUGUAGCCCCUGUGAAAGAGAUUGCCGAAUUGCAAGGCGUUCCUUUGCCGUCUUUGCGACUGCCGAGGGCGCCGGAUGCUGUGUAGGCGGAACCGCGAUGGAACGUACGGGGUGCAAAUUCUUCAAUCGCUGAAGAAAAGAAGGGACCUAUGCGUAGAAGCGUGAAAUGAGAAAACCAGGCCGGGCGCAGCUGAGUUUUGAAUUCUUGCCGAAAGCGGUGGCUGCUAUAUCUGUCGUUUUGCUUCCAAGCCAAUCUUUGAGAGCAACUUGUCGUCGUAAACGUCGAGGAGAGCAGGUGUCGUCGUCGUCGUCG